AUGGUGAAGCCGCAGUUCAGGGUCCAGGGUCCAAUCAUCCAAUUCCUCAACUCUUCCCUUACACUCUUCAUACUCUACCCUGCAACCACACGUCCGUCCUACGCUACGACCCCAGCUUGCGUUGGCCCACCAGGGCGGUGCGUCCUCAUCAUCGUCUGCGGCUUCGAUGGUUACGACUGGGACGAGCUAGAGGAGCACUUUUACGAAACUGACUGCUACUCCUAUGUCUGCUACGGCUGCCAUGCCUGGUUCCGCACCUCCGACGCAUACUACGAGCACGCAGCCGCCGUUGUCGCCUGUAGCAAGUGUGCCAAGCACUGCCACACUCAGGCAAAACUCAAGCAGCACAUGGCUGCUGAGCACCAAGAAGCUACAGUCGAAUGCUGGGGUUGCAGCCGCAUGCUUGUUCGAGUAGCGGACAUGAUCAGCCACCUUGAGUCCGGAAGUUGCCCUUCCGGCUGCAGCCUCGAGGAUAUCAGCUACAAACUCAUGGCCAAGUCUACCAGUCUACGCCAGUUCGUCCACCCACGCUACCAUCAAGACUUCCGUAACGGUGUGGACAUUGCCAAAGUCCACAGCCAAGCGAUCCCUUUUGUAUGCGAGGGCUGUUAUGUCGGCUUUCGUCUGUUCAGCGGUCUCUGUCAGCACUUGGAGAGUGGCGGAACCAGCUGUGACCGGCGCAUUUCUGACGUCUCGCUCAACCCGCUACAGAGAGAGUUCGAGAGCAAAUUCCAGAAGCAGAUGUCUCUUGAGACGUCUUCCUCCUAG